AUGUCCGGCCAGGCAACCCCCUCCUUUACCUCGACAAACUACCGUCCUUCACCACUCUCGAACGAAGCCAUACCUAGAAAUGAGACGGUGUCUCCCAACCAACGAGUACAAGCUAGUCACAGGCGGAUGACAGAAGCCCUGUCAGGUCCCGGUCAAACACCCGCAAGGCAGACACUUACCAGAACCGAUGAUCAACGAGCAGCUGGAGCAGUCACGAAUGUUCGAACAACGGCACGAAGAAUCGGAAUGGCCGAUAGAGACUUACCUCCUGUGAAUUCCCCGGGCCAACAUACACCUACUCCCCUUUCGCGUACCACCUCCUCCUCGUCUUCAAGUGCCUUUGCACCAUCCCACGGUCAGCGUCAACGGGCAGCCGCACAACAAGCGCAGAACAAUCAAAUCAGCUCCCUCCAAUCGCAGAGUAACACACAGGCUCAACUCACAUCGUUACAAGCCCAGGUGCAAGGUCUCGCCGAUGCCUUCGAGAACUACAAGAAGGAACAAGCCGAGAGAGAUGAGCACAAGGACCAGGAGAUGCAAGAGUUGCGACGGGAAAUUGAUGCGUUGAAGGAGAGGGGGUCGGAGGGCGAGGUGGUUUCAGCGGGAGGAUUUGUUGCAACGGAUACCCAGAAGCGGGAUAUCUCGAGGCUAGUGAAGAGCGCAAUCCAGGCCCUCUAUGGUAGCGGCAAGCCAACCGAAGGCCUCAACGGGGAUGCCGUGCCCGCCGACCAGAUCCGAUGGAACUACCUUCAACCUCAAAGCUCCACUUACAAUCAUGCGCAGACCUUGAAGGUCAUUCAGGCCGUUACCGACCAACGUGAUUCGCUAUCCCUUCCCUUUGACACCAAUCGAGAAUCCAUCCUGGCGGUGAAAGACGCAGAAGACUUGUACAUGUCAGCCAUCACCAGUCAAUUCCGACAGAACCAAGCGGCUUACAAGAAGCAUGCGAUCAAAGAGUGGGGGGCCAAUGGCGAUGCCGGCCCACGGAGAGCGGCGUUGACAGAAGUAGCUGAGAGGGAAGCGGCGUUGGAGCAGGAUGAUCCGGAGUAUGCUGCAAAGAAGAAGGAUUUAGAUGAAUUGAAGCUAGAGAUAUCGAAAAACGACAAGGCUUAUGCAGCCCAAAAUUCGAAGUUCCAAGCCUCGAUUCGGAGCAAGCUCACCUCUGCCAACUCGCGUUUGAACUCACGUCGACCUCAUACCGCAUACAGCGGCGAGGAGUACGAGGGCCUCGAAUGCAUCUACUGGAUUCCACCUUUGUACCCCGACAACUCCUCCGGCAAAGUCAAAUGGUAUGAGCCCGACACCAGCACCGUGCUGAGUGAAGCGUUUAUGAAGAUCCACAAGACGAUCUGGAACACGAAGUUGGCUGCUUUUGGAGGUCGUCAAGGCGGCAAGCCUCCCUCAGGACCGAGUUUCGAUGCCCUACCGGAGGGCAAAGAAGCCAGCGUUGUUCAAAUGUAUCCGGUUCCCAGCUACGCAUGGCUCCACCAGGCACCCCAACGUUGGAUGUUCACCGAAGCCUACUUGAAUGACCCAGCCAACGAGGACAUCGUCACCAAAAUCGUUCCUGUAGAUAUUCCCACCUCCUUUGCCGAUGUCAAACUCACGGAAUGGUAUCAGAAGCACCCCUGGAUGAUUCAGAAAGCUCGCAAGGAGAAAAAGACUAUCAAGCGCAACCGAUCGGAGUCAACUCAGCCCACAGACAGCGAUGCCACACGAUCGAUGAGCAGCACGGCUCACCGAGGCCGAGCCGCCCAGUCCGCUCGUCCAACCGUGAAAAGAGCUAGGCCGCUUCCUGGUCAUGGUUCCGAUUCGAUGACGAGUGACUACCCGUUCAGCCCUGAGACGCAGGGUGAUACCGACACCGAGAGUCUGAGCAUGACCCCCGCCGGCGGCCCGCACCAAAACCUCGAUGGACUCCUCGCAGACAGUGCGUCGUGGAACGCAAUGUCAAACACGGUACCGCCUCGUCGUAUGGACUCCGAGCAGCUGCCUCGGCCCGGCGAUUAUUCUACGCAAGGACAAGCGCAAAUCAAUCAGCAACAAUCCCGCCAGCCCGGUCAAAGUCGAGCCCCUCCACGUUUCCAGCAGCCGGUUGCUGACUCACUUCAAACGAUGCCGAUGUCUAUCAAUCCUCAGCUCAUGCAUCAGUUCCAACAAUGGCACAUGCAGCAGCUCGCCGGUCAAGAUCCCCAACACACUCCUCGAGCAUCUUCGUCCUCGUCCUUUCAGCCACUGUCGACGUUCAGAAACAACGUCAGCAAUCAAGCGCUCUCCUUCAACAACAACAACAACAACAACAACAAUACCCAGGGAUACUCCCAGAUGAACCAGUACAUCAAUUACGACCAGAACGAGACAACUUACAGGCAAUAUAAUCCUGAUGAUCCCUUUCACGACGGCGGCGGUAAUGAUUGA